AUGACCCCCUCUACUCUGGAGCGUGAGGAUCUCAAACGCGACGCAGAGUUCAACAAGGCCCUGCAUGGCAAAUCGGCUAAGGCUCGUGGAGGAUUGUCAGCUAUGCGUGGCAAGGAUGCUGCUGCUCAGAAGGCUGCCGUCGACGAAUACUUCAAACACUGGGACAACAAAGAGCAUGUGAAUGAGACGGAUGCAGAUCGCGAGGCUCGGAGAUCCGAAUAUGCGACCCUUACCCGGCACUACUACAACCUAGUGACCGAUUUCUACGAGUACGGUUGGGGCGCCUCGUUCCAUUUCUGUCGAUUCGCACACGGCGAGCCAUUCCUGCAAGCCAUCGCCCGCCAUGAGCACUAUCUCGCCAAAGAGAUCGGGAUCCAAAAAGACAUGAAAGUCCUGGACGUGGGAUGUGGUGUUGGAGGACCUGCUCGCGAGAUUGCCAAAUUUACCGGAGCCCAUAUCACCGGCCUGAACAACAACGAUUAUCAAAUUGAUCGGGCAAUCCAUUACGCCGAGAGCCAGGGACUUGCAGACAAUCUGGCCUUUGUGAAGAGUGAUUUCAUGCAAAUGAAGUUCCCCGACAACACAUUCGACGUUGUGUAUGCUAUCGAGGCAACCGUACACGCUCCCGAGCUGGUGGACGUGUAUAGAGAAAUCUACCGCGUUCUCAAGCCAGGUGGUACUUUCGGUGUCUAUGAAUGGCUUAUGACAGAUGACUACGACAACGAUAACCUGGAACACCGCCGUAUUCGUCUAGGCAUUGAGCAAGGCGAUGGAAUUUCCAACAUGGUUACUGUCUCCGAAGGUCUUCAGGCGUUCCAAGAUGCAGGCUUCCAAAUGGUUCACCAUGAGGAUCUCGCUACCCGCCCAGAUGCCACACCCUGGUACUAUCCUAUUGCUGGAUCUUUCAAACACAUGGGCUCGGCUUGGGACUUGUUCACCAUCGCUCGCAUGACCUGGUGGGGGCGUGGUCUUGCUCAUCGCAUGUUCGGUCUCGGUGAGACCGUUGGCGUCCUGCCUAAGGGGUCCCAGAAAACUGCUGAUAGUAUGGCCCUCGCUGCUGACUGCUUGGUUAAAGGUGGCCAGCAGAAAUUGUUUACCCCCAUGUAUCUGAUGGUUGGCAAGAAGCCUGAAUGA